AGACCACGUGUGUAGUGCCCUGUUGCAAUCAUUCUAAUGCUGGCAACACCCUAUCUUUUUCUCUAACAAUCUAACUUUCCUUCAAAAACAACUUAUAACACACAGCCUCUUUCUCUCUUUCUCUCUCUCUCUCUCGCUCGCUGUAUCUGUGAAAAUUUUUGGGGUUUGAAGAAAUGUUAGUUUUAAUGGGUUUGAUUGGGUCUUUCUUGCUGUUGCUGUUGUUCUUCUUCUUCGACUUGCUCUCUUUCUCUCUCAUAGUUUUUCCUCAGUUUGUGGGAAGCAGUGGUUUUAAUAAGUAGCAGUAGAUUUGAAGUUCCCAACUUUAACGAUUGAAGGGAAGUGCAAAUUAAUAAUAAUAAAAGAGAAAGUUAACCUGAAAAAGAUUCAAAUUUUUUAAGAGAAAGAGAAGUGAAAGAUCAAAAUUUUGAUGAUAACUACCAAAGUACAAAACUAUUUGUCUGAGAGUGAGGUUUGAAGAAGAGGUGAUCUUUGUUGUCAAUACCCCCUUUGCCUAAUUUAGCAAUCUUGGUGAUAUUUGACUGCUUUGAAUACCCACAUCAAAUCAAGUUUCCAAAAAGACACCAAAAGACACAAAUAAAGAGUCAUUUGGACCCAUUAGUUUCUUUUUUAAUUGUUUUUUUCCUCCCUUCUCCUUCUCCUUCUUCUUCUUCUUCUUCUUCUUCAGAUUUCUUUAACACACUUUAAACACUUGUCUCUCUCUCUCUCUGUGUUAGCAGUUAGGAAGCAAAUUAGUUGCAUUUGCAUGCACUUUUUUUUUAAAAAAAAUAGAAACGUUGGUAAUGGCUGAUCAAGGUGGACAUAGUGUAAUAAGAGAUUAUAGGAAAGGAAAUUGGACAGUAAGUGAGACAAUGGUGUUGAUUGAAGCAAAAAGAAUGGAUGAUGAAAGAAGAAUGAAGAGAAGUAGUGAUAGUGAAGGAAGAGGCAAACCAGCAGAGCUUAGAUGGAAAUGGGUAGAAGAUUAUUGCUGGAGAAAAGGAUGUUUAAGGAGUCAAAACCAGUGCAAUGACAAAUGGGAUAAUCUUAUGAGAGAUUAUAAGAAAAUCAGAGAUUAUGAAAGAAGAAUAGCUGAAAAAGGAGAUGGAAAUGAAGCUUCAUAUUGGAAGCUUGAAAAAAAUGAAAGAAAAGAGAAGAACUUGCCUAGUAAUAUGUUACUCGACGUUUAUGAAGCUUUAGUGGAGGUGGUGGAGAGAAGAGGAGCGCAAAGAAUGGUUACUACUACUAUUGGCGGCGGUGGAGGUGGUGGGUCAGCUUCUUCCAAUCAGAAUGUAAGUUAUAUGGUAGAAAGACCCAUUAGUAGUGUUCAUCAUCCUUCAUUGCCUCCUCUUAUGCAACAUCAAGACUCACCAUCAGUUCCAAUGCCAGUAUUACCUCUACCACCGCAGCCGCCGCCACCUCCUCCUAUGAUAUACUCUCAGCCAUCGCCAGCAGUAGAUUCUGAUACAAGUCAUGAGCAUUCAGACUCACCGGCAAAGAGGAGGAGGAGGAAAAUCGGAGGAGAAGGCAGUGGCGGGACUGGCACCGCCGGGGAAAGCACAUCAUCAGAUGAAGUGGGAAGUGCUAUAGCUAAAAGCGCUUCCAUUAUUGCUGAAGCCAUUGAGGCAUGUGAGGAAAGAAAAGAGAGAAGACAUAGAGAUCUGUUGAGUUUGCAUGAAAGAAGACUAAAGAUUGAAGAAUCGAACACAGAGAUUAACAGACAAGGCAUUAAUGCCUUGGUUGAUGCCAUUAACAAUCUAGCUAAUUCUAUCCUUGCUUUGGCUUCUCAUAAUAAGACUCCUAAAUAAACUAUUUUUAUUUAUAUUUCUUCCAAUAUUAAUUAAAUCUUAUUUUUUAUAAUUAA